UAUUUUGGAACAACUACUGUAAUUACUUCGACGUUCCUUUCCCCACCGUUAAGAGUAUACAUCACGAGAAUAGUGCAUCGUAAUUUUUCGCAUUUACGUGUUGUAAAGAAACGAUGAGAUCAUUCGUUAGAUCCGAGUGACAUAUUUACGUGUCAACGCCAUAAAGGAAGAAAUAACAUUUAGACUGAGUGCUGUGAUAUAAUACUAACAAUGGUUCUGGAUCAAGAUGUGUUAACGGUCUUAAAGCUAUUAAUGAUAGGAGAAUCAAAUGUUGGAAAAUCUAGCAUACUCCUUAGAUUUACCGAGGAUGAAUUUCAUGAAAAUAUGCAAAGCACAGUCGGUAUGGACUAUAGAACUAAACAAGUCACAAUUGAUGGCAAUACAGUAAAACUUGCAAUAUGGGAUACUGCCGGACAAGAACGUUUUCGUACUUUAACACCAAGUUACUACAGAGAUGGUCAAGGUGCUAUAUUAGUGUAUGAUGUUACAGAUAGAGUUACCUUUAUGAAGUUAGAAACAUGGCUUAAUGAGUUGAAUACAUAUUGCAAUAAGACAGAUAUCAUUAAAAUGGUAGUGGGUAAUAAGAUAGAUUUACCAAACAGAGAAGUAAGCACUGAAGAAGGCCUACAGUUUGCCAGAAGACACCAAACCCUAUACAUUGAAAGCAGUGCCAAAACAGCAGAUGGAAUUAAAUGUUGUUUCGAGGAACUUGUGCAAAAGAUAAUACAAACACCUGGACUUUGGGAUCGACAUACUCUUAUCAAUUCGUAUGGUAAUGGUAAUAUGGGAGGUGUAAGACACAGAGGUCAGAGAGGAAUACAAUUGGCAGAUGAUGCUCAGCUACAUAAUAGACCUUCAAAUUGUUAUUGCAGUUUGAUUUAAAUAAUUGUAAUAUGAAAUUCUGCCAGUGAUAAUUGCAAAAGAAACCAUAGGUUGAAUAUGGUCUAAAACUAGAUAUUGAAGUGUGAGAACUUUGAAAACAAACGUGAAUAAUAAUAUGACACAUUAUUGCUUUGUGUAUGUUAUGGGAAGAAAUAUCUUGUAUCAAAGAUAGAGUUUGCUUUUAACUUCUAAUUUUUUGUUAAACAGUUAAAUUUUAUAUAGGUAUUUGUAAUACAAAAUUUAUAUUCAUGUAAAUAUAUUAUGCGUAUGCACGUAAUUUAAUAAUUAAUAAAUAUCAAAAAAACUUCGGUAAUAUCUCAAACACAGUGAUUUUAAUUAUGUUUAUAUAUGUUUUUGCUGUAGCAUUUAUAGUUUCAGUAUUUUCUUUCUUGUCGUGAUAACUUAUUAUCAUAAUUUCAAUAUUUACUGCACAAUAAAUAAGUAAAAUGCAUAUCGUUAUUUGUGUAAAAAAAAUGUAUUUACUAUGAUAUUGUAUUAAAUAUGUUUAUUUAAUCUUUUGUCUUUUAUAUGCUGAUACUUUUUAAAUAUGAUCGAAUGAACAAUAACUAUCUGAUUCAAUGAAAUUAUUUUAAUGUAUUGUGAAUAAAAUAAAUUCCUACAUUAAUCAUGAUAAAA